AGAAAGGAAGAGAGCAAUGUCUGUUUUGGUAUUCUCACUUGCUCUGUCUUUCCUUGUCUACAAUACUGAAUGUAGCAGAGAAGGGAAACUUGUUCUAAUAGAAAACCCAGGAGAGGCUGUGUGUCUUGAUGGAUCACCUCCAGGAUAUUAUUUUAGAAAAGGCUUUGGAUCUGGUGUUAAUAGUUGGGUGGUUCAUUUGCAAGGUGGUGCCUGGUGCUAUAAUAAGAAAGACUGUCUAGCUCGAAGCAGGUCGUAUCUAGGGUCAUCAAGAGACUGGCCACAAAUUAUGAUCUUUAAUAAUGCCGGCAUGUUUUCAGAUUCAAAAGAAAAGAAUCCUGACUUCUAUAACUGGAACAUGGCACAAGUUCAAUAUUGUGAUGGAGCUUCCUUUGCUGGCUAUGUUGAAAAACCAGUUAAAGUGCACGGAACGGAUAUAUACUUUCGUGGUUUUAAGAUACUUCAAGCAAUUAUCCAGUCAUUAAUGAGUAAAGGAAUGAAAAAUGCACAAGAGUUUAUACUAACUGGAUGUUCAGCUGGUGGAUUAGCUACAUAUCUCCAUGCUGAUUACAUCAGAUCAUUGUUUCCUCCUUCUGUGAAGUACAGAGCUAUAUCUGAUGCAGGAUACUUUAUUGAUGCUCCUAAUAAACAUGGCUUCAAGUAUAUGAGAUACUUGUUUAAAAAUGUAUUUUAUCUACAAAACUGUUCUGGUGGGGUUGAUCAAGAUUGCAUUGCUGCCUAUGAAUCAACCCAUGAAACUUGGAAGUGCUUCAUGGCUCAGUACACAUAUCGUUAUAUAUCAUCUCCUAUUUUCACACUGAACUCAAUGAAUGACAUUUGGCAACUGAAAAAUAUAUUGGGUAUUAAAUGCUUGCCACCAAAAUGCACAGAGAGUGAUAUGAAGCACUUCUAUAAUUUCGUUGAAAAUUUUAACAAGGCUUCUGAGCCUAUAUUUUCAUUAGCAAAAGAUGGGGCAUUUCUUGAUUCCUGUUUAAUACAUUGUCAAGCACUUAUUUCGAUUCCAUGGAGAAAUUUUUUUGUUAAAGGUCAAUCUGCUUCUACUACAUUUAGUAACUGGUAUUUUAACAGAGACGGAUCAAAGAGUGUAAAAGAUUGUAAAUAUCCAUGUAAUAAGUCAUGCAAAUCUAUUGUAUAAAAUGAGCAAUAAUAAUUUAUUGAUACAGAUUUAAAAUAAAUAUAAAAUUAAAAGCCAAAAUUGUUAACCCUUAU